GUGAACUGUGUUGACUCACACAAAGCAUGCUUUCAUUCUAGGUUUUGAUCUCGUGAAUGGUCAGAGUGUGGAGUACAUGCACUGUGUACUUCAAGGUGUCACCAAACAACUGACUGAGACGAUCCUUUCAUCUACAAACUGCAACCAGCGCUUCUAUGUUGGUGCACCUUCAGUUGCUGCAAAGAUAGAGUCACGGCUACUUGCCAUAAAGCCCCCACACUGCGUGACCAGGCUGCCACGCCCACUCAAAGAUCGCGGCCACUGGAAGGCAUCAGAAUGGAGGCACUGGAUAUUGUUUUAUGCACUCCCUUGCCUUGAUGGUAUCCUGCACCCCGAGUAUUGGAAGCACCUGUCUCGGCUCUCAGAAGGCAUCCACAUCCUCCUUCAGGAAGAAUUGGAUGCCCGUGACAUUGACAGAGCAGAGGCCCUCUUGAGCAAUUUUGUUUGCCGCUGCGAGACGUUAUACGGCACAGCAUUCAUGACGUUCAAUGUCCACGCCCUGCAACACUUGGCAAACUGUGCUCGCUCACUUGGACCACUUUGGGCACAUUCAGCGUUUGUGUUCGAGGGGGGGAAUGGCAGCAUUGUGCGCCUAGUGUCAGCUGCAAACGGGCUGCCAUGGCAGAUAACUGAACGAGUCAUCAUGGCACAAAAGCUGAAUCAGCUGAUAGAAAGUGUCCUGUUGUCUCCUUCAGAAAGAGAGCUCUGCAAUGAGUUCAUUGGUUACCCACCCAUAAAAAAGGCAUUGAAUGUUUGCAAUUUGACUUUGUUGGGGAGGGGAAAAGAUAGAGUCCUCAGUGCUGAUGAACAGGACAAACUUCGCCAUUCCUUAUUGGAGAUCCUUGACCAGUAA